AUGAUAUUUAAUGAAAAGGUAAAGAGAAAAUCAUUAUACAAUGCAUUGGAAAAUAUUAAAAAGAUGGAAUUAGCAAAGAAUCUUUUAUCUCAUAGUCAAUUUGAUUUAAUCGAACAAUAUUUAAUUUCUUUAUUAUUUUUACUGUCUGUUUUUGUUCAAGCUAAUACUGACCAAUUAGACGGAUGUAUUACUUGUGUAAAGGUUACAGUUUGUUCGAAAUCAGAUGAUUCAUGUUGUAAAUCUCAUCUUGAUUGUGCUGGUCGUAUCAAUACCAACAAAUGUUCUACUAGUCGUUGCAUCAGUAACAAGUGUUCUCCAUUGCCAGUAGUCUGCGACACUAUCAACAAGUGUGUCAACUCGUACUGUGAUGCUGUCAAGGGAUGUGUAUCAACACCAAUCAGUUGUGAUGAUGGUAACGUCUGCACAGUCGACUCGUGCAACAAUUCAACAGGAUGCACUCAUACUAUGAUUCCAGGUUGUUGUACAGAUAAUUCUCAAUGCGCUGGUGAUCAAUGUAAUACUGGUUGCUGUACAAACAACAAGUGCUCAUCGUCUCCAGUCGUCUGUGACUCGUCUAACAAAUGCAAGAACUCGUAUUGUGACAAGACCAAGGGUUGUGUCUCCACUCCAGUCGUCUGCGAUACCUCCAACAAGUGUCUCAACACCUACUGUGACAUCGCCAAGGGAUGCGUAUCUACUCCAAUCAAUUGUGAUGAUGGUGACUAUUGUACCAUUGACUCGUGUAACAACUCUACUGGUUGUCACAACACUCCAAUCAAAUGUGACUCGUCUGACAAGUGCAAGAACUCGUACUGUGACAAGACCAAAGGUUGUGUCUCCACCCCAGUCUCUUGUGAUGACAACAAUCUAUGCACUCUAGACUCAUGUGACAGUGCUACUGGUUGCACUCACACCAACAUUCAAGGUUGUUGUACCAACAAUGAUCAAUGCGACAGCGGCAACGAAUGCAAUAUCGACAGUUGUAUGAACAACAAGUGUGUAUCGUCUCCAGUCGUCUGUGACUCGUCUGACAAGUGCAAGAAUUCGUAUUGUGACAAGACUAAAGGAUGUGUCUAUACUCCAGUCAUAUGUGAUACCACCAACAAAUGUUCCAACUCGUACUGUGAUGUUGCCAAGGGAUGUGUAUCAACACCAAUCAAUUGUGAUGACAAUAACAUUUGCACAGUCGACUCUUGCAACAAUUCAACUGGUUGCACUCAUACUAUGAUUCCAGGUUGUUGUACCGACAAUUCUCAAUGCUCUGGUGACCAAUGUAAUACUGGCCGUUGUAUGAAUAACAAGUGUACCGUCUCUCCAGUCGUCUGUGACUCGUCUGACAAAUGCAAGAACUCGUAUUGUGACAAGACUAAAGGAUGUGUCUACACUCCAGUUGUCUGUGAUACCUCCAACAAAUGUGUCAACUCGUAUUGUGACAAGACCAGAGGAUGCAUCACCAAUGCAGUCACUUGUGAUGAUGGUGACUUUUGCACUACCGACUCGUGCAACAACUCUACCGGAUGUUGCCACACUCCCAUCCAAUGUGACGCCUCUGACAAGUGCAAGAACUCGUACUGUGACAAGACCAAGGGUUGUGUCUCCUCUCCAGUCACUUGUAAUGACAACAAUGUCUGUACAGUAGACUCUUGUAAUCCAUCAACUGGAUGUUGUUACACUCCUAUCCAAGGUUGUUGUACAGAUGAUUCUCAAUGCAACAGCAACAACAAGUGUAAUAUCGACCGUUGCAUCAACAACAAGUGUACCAUCUCUCAAGUCGUCUGUGAAGUCUCCACCGACAAGUGCAAGAACAAUUAUUGUGAUCAUUCUCAAGGUGGAUGUGUGUCGGUUGACCUGCAAUGUGAAACAACCGAGGUCGUCGGCGAUUGCCAAGAUGGUGAAUGCUUCCAUUACGAAUACCAUUACAAUAAUUAA